UUAAAAAGAAAAUAAAGUGGUCAAAAUAGAAAUUAGUAGAGAGAGAGAAUAAAAGCGAGGUAAGUGAAACGAAGAGUGGAAAGUGUAUGGUGGCUACAUCAACCUUCUUCUUCUUCUCGCCGAUCUGAUCCAAACCCUUGGAUUUACAGUCCCCCAAUCAGUGAUCGGAGGAAUUUUGUGAAGAAAUAAAGAAAGAUGUUGGGGUUAUUAAGGCAAAAAGUUGGCUCUGGAACCUCAUCUGCUGUGAUUUUGGGGCAGUCCCUGCAGAGGAUUCGUCCUGCCGUAUCAGCUACGAGGAAUUAUUCUGCCGCUGCUAAAGAGAUGACAGUGAGAGAUGCUUUAAACUCCGCCCUUGAUGAGGAAAUGUCUGCUGAUCCUAAGGUCUUCUUGAUGGGAGAAGAGGUUGGGGAAUACCAAGGCGCAUACAAGAUAUCUAAAGGUCUUUUGGACAAGUAUGGUCCUGACAGAGUUCUUGAUACUCCAAUCACAGAGGCUGGGUUUGCUGGUAUCGGAGUUGGUGCUGCUUACUAUGGGCUUAAACCUGUUGUAGAGUUUAUGACAUUUAAUUUCUCAAUGCAGGCAAUUGACCACAUCAUCAAUUCUGCGGCAAAGUCAAAUUAUAUGUCUGCUGGCCAGAUUAAUGUACCUAUUGUUUUCAGAGGACCAAAUGGGGCUGCUGCUGGUGUUGGGGCCCAGCACUCUCAAUGUUAUGCAUCAUGGUAUGCCUCUUGUCCUGGGUUAAAAGUGGUGACUCCUUAUUCAUCUGAAGAUGCUCGAGGAUUGUUGAAAGCUGCCAUAAGAGACCCUGAUCCUGUUGUUUUCCUUGAAAAUGAGUUGCUAUAUGGUGAAUCGUUCCCUGUUUCAGCUGAAGCUCUUGAUUCUAGUUUUUGCCUUCCAAUUGGAAAAGCUAAGAUUGAGAGAGAAGGAAAAGACGUGACAAUUACAGCCUUCUCGAAAAUGGUGGGCUAUGUUCUCCAGGCUGCUGAGAUACUUGCCAAGGAAGGAAUCAGUGCUGAGGUAAUCAAUUUGCGGUCAAUUCGGCCACUGGAUAGAGCCACGAUUAAUGCUUCAGUCAGGAAAACCAACAGACUUGUAACAGUUGAAGAAGGAUUCCCUCAGCACGGCGUCGGUGCUGAAAUAUGCACAUCUGUUAUUGAGGAGAGCUUUGGCUAUCUUGAUGCACCAGUGGAAAGAAUUGCUGGUGCUGAUGUUCCGAUGCCUUACGCAGCUAACUUGGAGAGAUUGGCUGUUCCUCAGAUUGACGAUAUUGUACGUGCAGCGAAGAGAGCAUGCUACCGAGCUGUGCCUUUGGCUGCAACUGCUUAAUUUUUUUUUGCCAAUUCCAUCCACAAACAUCUCCAGGCCCUGGAGAUAAUGGGACUGUAUAUUAUUUUCUCUUCGCAUCUCUUAGGGUAGGGGAGGAAAUGCUUGUCAAAUAACUUGGAGAAUAUCUUGACCGGAGCGAUAAAUUUUGUGGCUCUGUUUUGUCUUUUUCGUUUUGGGCAGUUCAACAUGAAAAAACUACUCUCCACAGGCAGCCAUUUUUUUUUCUUUCACAAAGUUAUUUACUUUCUUCUAAUCUUCGCUUCACUCCCAACAUUUGGUUUUGGGUAAAGCUGUUUUCUGUGACUGGCUUCCAAUGAUUUUUCUAUUCCAUGUUAUAUUAUUCGGUGACUCAAUUGUGAGACA